AUUACGUCUGGAAUCUAUACGAAUCUGAUACUCCCAAGCCAAAACACGACCUCUCGAUAAAACCUCUCGAUUAAGGGACGAGCCGCCCACACUCCGACUCUCCCUCACUUCCCUCCCUCUCCUCCAAACCACCGACCCAUCACAAUGUCGGCAAUCCUCUCCGCCGACGACCUAAACGACUUCAUAUCCCCAGGCGUAGCCUGCAUCAAACCAGUCGAAACCCUCCCUGCCCCUCCCCCACCAACCAACGACCUCGAGCACGAAGUAAUCCUCGACGGCCAACAACCCGCCGCUAACGCCGGUCCCGCGCAAAUAUCCCUAACAGAUUGUCUCGCGUGUUCCGGCUGCGUGACAUCCGCCGAAGCCGUACUCGUUAGUCUCCAAAGCCAUGCCGAACUCCUCAGCGUCCUCGACAGCGCCCCAGCGCUCCGCGUCGCGCAAAGACACGACUCCACAUUCGAAGUGCAAGGUCUCGAGAACCCAGAUAGCAAACUCUUCGUCGCGAGCGUAUCCCCACAGACACGCGCUAGUCUAGCAGCUGCCACUGGGCACGGGGUUAGCGAGCGCGAAGCCGGACGUAUGAUAUCGCAGCUCCUUAUGGGAGCUGAGGGGCUACGCGCGGGUGGGAAGUGGAAUAAUGGGUUUACAUGGGUCGUUGAUACGAAUUCUGCGCGAGAGGCUUGUUUAGUGCUAGGUGCAGAAGAAGCACUCGAUGAUGGCGGGAAUGUGGCGAAGCCGAUUUUAACAUCGAGUUGUCCGGGUUGGGUUUGUUACGCUGAGAAAACACAUCCGCAUGUGCUACCGCAUAUUUCGAAAGUUAAGUCACCGCAGGCGCUUAUGGGGACGCUGCUUAAAACUACGCUUAGUCGGACUUUAGGUAUACCACCGAAUCGGAUAUGGCACUUAGCUGUUAUGCCGUGCUUUGACAAGAAAUUAGAAGCAAGUCGAGAGGAAUUAACGGAUUCGGUGUGGAAUGGAAGUGGACAACCCGGCAGAGGAGCUAGGGACGUAGAUUGUGUGAUCACAAGCAAGGAGAUAUUAAUGUUGACGGAGUCGAGGAAUAUUGACUUCUUUGGAUUAUCCAGAUCACCUAUUCCUACUUCACUACGGACCCCUUUCCCCGAUCCUACACUACAACGGUUCCUCUUCCCUCCUCGCUCACGAAUUGCCCAAUCGGAUCCCCUAGCAGGGACGUCAGGAGGGAAUCUAUAUUACACAUUAAAGUACAUAUCUGUGCGGCAUCCUGGUUCGAGGAUUGAAGCGGCGCGUGGCCGAAAUGCUGAUGUCGCGGAAUACACGGUCAUUUCGGCGGCAGGGGAGCCCGUUUUUAAAGCCGCGAGGUAUUACGGCUUUCGCAAUAUUCAGAACUUAGUUCGGAGGUUGAAGCCAGCAAGGCCGUCGCGGAUGCCGGGCGCUAGACCAGUGGGCGCAACUCGAAAGCCAGCAGGAAAACCGACUGGGUUGGAGUACGCAUAUGUCGAGAUCAUGGCAUGUCCUGGAGGCUGCACUAAUGGAGGUGGCCAGAUCAAGGCCGACGACCCAAUAGUUGUCGAACGCAGAGGUUUCCAGUCGAAGCCUGGGCCGCAAGAACAGAAGCAAUGGCUGGCGCAAGUUGACGAAGCGUACUUCUCGGCUGAGGACUCCGGUAUCGACUCAGAGGUCGAUGGCGAUAACUCCACUAUAGUAAAUGAAGGUUGGGCGCAUGAAAGUGGUGACGUUGUUGGUGGCAUUUCCCCAUCAUAUAUUAGAGAUACCCUGGCGCAUUGGGCGGGCAUAACCGGUAUAGACGUCGAUAGACUGGCGUACACGAGCUAUCGCGAGGUGGUGAGCGAUGUGGGCAAGGACAAAACGGCCGGUAACACGGAGAGAGUUGUCCAAUUAGCCGGCAAGAUCGGCGGCGGCUGGUAGUCGGUAGCGAUAGUCUUGCAUAUAGAACCAAAAAUAAAGUAAAAUUCUUUCAGCUGCCCUUGGCACCUCGCUUCGCGAAUCCAAAACCUCCUCUUCCACUGCCAUCAGGGCCUCGCGGCGUGCGGAUGAUUUGAUCCUCUUCGCGUGGUGUCGAACGUCGUGAUAAUGGA